UCUGCCCGCAUCCAGAGGUGGUUUACUGUUGCUCACUCAGGCACCUCAUCCCACCACCGAAAAUACAAUACAGAGGUCUACUUAGCCACUACGUCAAAUAGCCCCAAAACAUUCCACAAUGUCUACCAGCCUCUCUCUCCCGCCCCUCACGGCCACCUCCGCCUGCUCCUCGGCGUGGUCGGUCAUCUCGGCCCAGGUCCCGACCCCGACCGCGUUCUCGUCCCAGUUCGCCGCCGCCUCCACAGACCCCUGCGCCACCAUCGGCCUGGAGACUGUCAACCCCGAGGCGUUCAGCUCCUACGCCGCCGAUCUGCUAGCCAUCAUGAGCAGGAACGCCGAGUAUGUCGUCAGCGCCACCGUGCUCUGCUCAGACUUCCUUGUCUCCACCGCUGAGGCCGAGGCGGCCAGGUCCCGGUCCUGCCUCGCCACCCGGACUGGCGCCAACGCGACCGUCACCUCCACGACAACCUCCUCUACCGGCACAGGCACCACGGGGCAGCCGGGCACCACCGCCACCACCACGUCGCGCACCACCGGCACAGGCACCGGCACCGGCACGGGUCAGCCGGCCGGCACCACCACGGGCUCUCCGGGCGGUUCGGCUGGCUGGACUGUGCGGUCGUCUGUGGGCCUCCUGGCCGGCGCCGUCUUUGCCGUCGGCAUGUUCAACAUGUAAAAGGGGAAAAUAGCUCUUUAGCUGGACGGAUGGCGCAUAAAGAUUUAUGAACAUGUUUGGGUUUUGGCGUCGUACUGGAGGCAUUUAAUUGAAUAAUACAAACUCCCUUGCAUUCCCAAAUAUCCUGCUUAUCGGCAUACUUUCGUCUCAAGUGUCGUAGAUAGGCGCCAAAGGAUUACCCCUCUUUUGG